AUGCAGCUGCAAGCCAUGGGCAAGGUGCAAUUCCCCUGUGUGCUGAAGAAGGCUCAGUGCACACCAGCCACACACAUGCUGAACAUGAAAGCCAUCCAAGUUCAACAUCAGAAGGAUGCUGAAGAUCAAAAGCAGUGCCUUUUAGUGUGCCCAGAUGAGAAAGCCACUAUCAAUUAUCUCACGGAGGCACUGGGCAAUGGCAGCACCAUGGAUGAUAUUGAGAUGUGUAUGAUGGACAACAGCUCAAUGGACAUCAACAAUGAUGAGGGUAUCCAUGCCCACCACCUUGCUGUGCAGGCACUCAAGUGGGAAUCAGUGAUUCCUUGA